GCCGUGUGCGGGUGCCGCGCCGGAGGCAGCUGAGCCCCGGGGGGGGGGGGGGAAACUGCAGGGAAGCAGAUCCGUCCCCCCCACACCCCUCCAUCACCCAUCCCACCCCCACCCACCCACCCCCACCCCCCUUCAUCCGCGCCCUCCCGCUCCCCCCCGGCCCCCCUCCCACCCCUGCAUGCCCGGGCAGCGAGCAUGGCCCGCAGGCAGGCGCGGGCAGCGGGCAGCGGGCGCUGGCUGCCCUGGCUGGGAUUCGCCUUGCUACCGCUGGCCGUGCCCCCCGCCGCCGCCCCCGGGGGCUGCCCGUCCGCCUGCUACUGCGUGGCCACCCCGGAGUUAGUGCAGUGCCGGUACGAGAGGUUGGAGGAACCGCCGAAGGAGCUGCCGGCCACCGUGCACAACCUCAGCAUCGCAGGCAGCAACCUGAGCGUGCUGCAUCGCGCUGCCUUCGCUGCCCACCCGCUGCCGGACCUCCGCCUGCUCCGCUUGCGCCACGAUAACAUCCAAACCAUCGAGGACAUGGCUCUGCAAGGGUUGUCCUCCCUACACACCCUCGACCUGAGCUACAACCCGCUGCUGUCGGUGGCCGCCGGCGCUUUUGCCGGCGCGCCGCUGCUGCGUACGCUGCAGCUGAACCAGGCGCUGCUGGCCGCCCCGUUGGAGGAGCAGCUCGCUUUGGCCCUGCGCAACCUCAGCCUGCGGCGCUUGGAACUGGCGGGCAACGCGCUGUGGGCGCUGCCGGCCACCCUGCUGCCCGCCGGCCUGGAGGAGCUGGACCUGCGGAACAACUCGCUGCAGCGGCUGACGGCCACCGAGCUGCAAAGCCUGGAAGCACCGGGGUUGCGGGGGCUCCGGCUCACUUUGGGGGCCAACCCGCUCAGUUGCGACUGCGCCCUGCGCCCGUUCCUCGCCUGGCUACGUGCCACCGUCUCCCGCGUGUCCGACGCCCGCAACCUGCACUGCGCCGGACCGCCGCCGCUACGCGGGACCGCCGUGCUGCGUCUGCGGCCUGAGGGGCUGAUGUGUGCGGCCACCGAGGGUGGCGAGCCCGGUCGGCUGGAGACGGCCUCUUACGUCUUUUUCGGCAUCGUGUUGGCCCUCAUCGGCAUCGUCUUCCUCAUGGUGCUCUACCUGAACCGCCGCGGCAUCAAGCGUUGGCUCCACAACCUCCGCGAGGCUUGCCGUGAUCAGAUGGAGGGCUACCACUACCGCUACGAGCAGGACGCCGAUCCCCGCCGUACCAGCACCGUCGGCACCCCUGGCCUCUGACGGCACCCUCGGCAUCUCACCCCCACCCCUCCGGCAUCCCCGGCAUCUGCCCACCAUGCCACCCCUCGACGCCUCCGCUCCCGACAUUCACCUCAUCCCAGCCCCGUCACCAUCCCCUUGCCAUGGCACCGCCAAAAAUUAGUUUCUGAGGAUGAGCCGGCCUUGGGGAUGGGUGCUGGGGUGCGUCAGAGUGGGGUGCACCCUUCUCAGAGUGCUCCGGACUGGAUCUCCCUGCCCGUGCCCUACUCGACCCCGUAGCGCUGAUUCCCGCAGGGGACCAGGCUGGAUCCAUUCCCAACACCCGCGGGCAGGGGGAAGCGCAUCCGAAUCGGCCCCGCGGGGUGCCGGCACGUGCAGCCCCGGUGCUCCUGAGAGGAUUACAAACUGCUUCCCACACCCCCUCUCCAGCAGCGGGUUUCUUCGGCAAACCGUGGGAUGCCACGCUGCCGGCAGGGCUCGGCACCGCGCGCACGUGAGUGUUUGCUUGGCACAUCCCGGGAAGCAGCGGGCAAUACCUGAAACUGUCCUCCUGGAUGUUCCUGGAGCCUGGACUUGAAUUUGACCAUGUACAGCUCUCUUUCCUAUUAGACUUCUAUUUGACAGAUGCAAUACUUUUCUUUUUUGUUUUCUUUUUUUUUUUUUUUUUUUGCUCCAAACACAGAGGAAAACACACCGUCCAGCCGCUCCCCCCAAGAAGCGUUGUGCUUUUCCGAGCCCGUUUAUCCAUUUGGUUUUGUUCAAUGACAUUUCCAGCUCUUUCCAGGCACAAAAACGAUGCAGCUGUGUAGGAAACGCCUCCGCUGGCUGCGUGCAUGUUCCCCAGGGCACGCGGGGGCAGCCCUUUUCUGACUUUAAAAUAUGUCCUAGACUAGGCUGUCUCAGCACUUUGUAAUUUAAAACGAGCGAAGCAAAAGCUCUCGACCUAGUUCACCCGCCCGUGUUUGCUUUAGAACCGUGCCUGUUACUAUAUCCUAGAGCAAAUAUAUUGAAAGCUGCAUCCACUCUAUCGUCUAUUUUCUGUAAAGCUUCUUGCAACGAUUUCUGAAUAUCCCCUUGGCUGAGGCGAUGUUAUUGCGAUUGGUUUGCCGGAGGAAGGCAGCUGUGGGCUCCUCCGUAGUUUUGCUGGUGCUUCAAAACUUCUUUUCCUGGUACGGUUUGGUGGCCAGCAAUGGAGAGAAGUUUUGCACAGUUUGUGCACAGAGCUCAGGCUCUGCCGGUCCUGAUCCUUCCCUGGUAACAGGGCAGGGAUUUGGGAAAAUUAUCCAGGUAAUAGGUUUGUAAAGGG